GCUAUAAAACGCCCCACUAACUUCGAGCUUCGUGCUUUUAGCAGAAGGCCUCGCAGCACGACUGACGUGUUCCAAUCGCCACGCACUAUCCCAGGCCACUCGAGAGAGGGACCGUGAGUACGCCGUGUGGGUACAAUUUGAGAAUAAAUAUUACUUUUCAUUCGAUAUUCACGAAAAGCGCUAUAACAAGUUAGCGAUGGCAGCUCCAAGACCGGACAUCUUUAAGAAAUAUCUGGACCUCGAGCAACCUGACGACCAAGUGUUCUGCACGUACGUCUUCGUCGACGCCACGCUGGAGAACGUCAGAUCGAAGAUGAGGGUGCUCAGCUACGAACCGAAUUCGCCUGAAGAAUGCCCAAGGUUUACGUUUUGUGGUGUGGGUACCGACCAGUGGCCAGAUGCGGGCGUCGACUCGGAACUAUGCCUCGUCCCAGUAGCUCUAUUUAAGGAUCCUUUCCUGAAGGGCCGGAACAAGUUGGUUCUCUGCGAAGUAAUCAACUCGGACGAACGACCAAACGAGACUAACACGCGUCAUCCUUGCAAGAAGACGAUGGAAGCUGCGAAAGACGAAGAGCCGUGGUUCGGCAUCGAGCAGGAGUACGUGCUUCUGGAACAAAAUGGCGUGCCGAUCGGCUGGCCCAAACAGAGCCACUCGUUGAAACGCGUCCAAACCUAUUUCUACGCCGUGGGUUCCGAAAACGUUGCCGGCCGGCAAGUCGCCGACGCACACGUCAAAGCGUGUUCUUACGCCGGCGUCAAGCUUUAUGGCUCCAACGCUGAAGUCGUCAUCUCACAGUGGGAGUACCAGAUCGGACCCUUGCCCGGAGUCGAGGCGGGCGACCACCUGUGGAUAUCCCGCUACAUUCUACAGCGAGUGGCCGAGGAUUUUGAUGUCGUAGUCAGCUUCGAGCCACGGCCAUUCAGCAUCGCCAAGCUGCCUGGUUGCGCGGGUCACAUCAACUUCAGCACCAAGUCUUCACGAAGCGAAGGAGGACUCGACUGGAUCAACAAGGCUAUUGCCAAGCUAGAACUUAAACACGAGCUCCACCUAACGGCAUACGACCCCAGGAAGGAGAAAUCAAACGAAGAGCGACUGCGGGGCAAUCUGAUGGCUACGCCCCCUCGCAAGUUUUCGGCGGACGUCUCCGCCAAGACGGUGUGCGUGCGUGUGCCGCGGCAGACCCAAGCUGCUGGGCGAGGAUUUUUCGAAGACCGCAGGCCGGGCGCCAACGUGGAACCUUACCGGGCCAUGCAAACACUCGUAGAAACCCUCUGUUUGGCCGAAUAACGCCGAGUCAACAUCUUUUCGCGAAUACUAAUAGGGAUGACUAUUCGUUUGCUAGGACCGCUGGGCUAAAACAAUCUGCUUUUCAUAUCGGAGGUGGCACCCACGUAGGAUCACUGGUACACAAUGCCCUAUAUAUCAAACAGUCGCUCGUCAGCCCUGCGGGCACGUUCGUCUUGCGACCAGUUGCAUUCAUGUCAGCGUGAUCAACUGCGUCCGUUAUAUGUUAUUAGUAAUGUUUUGAACACCAGACAAGUGCCUGGUGUUCAAAACGCGUCUCUCUCUCAUCUGUGGGGAUUUUUGGAGUUUGGUUGUGGCGUCUAAGCAUAACGAUGGAUUUCUUACCAGAAUUGUGGCGGCAGCAAAACACUUGUUACUUGUGUAUGGAAAAUAAACAUCUUGGAUAACAGAACCUGUUCCAAAUAAAGAAGGCGCGUCGAGCACGAGCAACAUCCGUGUCUACCAGUCGUACCGGACUCGUGCCCGUAUUCCUGCAGACGGGCAGAGCUUGGGCUGUUGCACCAGCAAGGUUAAUUUUGCUGCGCUUCCUCCUAUACACGGGCAGUCAGCACACGUUCAUUCGGCGAGACGUUGCUCGAGCACUUAAUUGUUUUGUUCAAGGCGUUGAGAGCCUCAACCUAAUCACCUUCGGGAAGAUGCAUCGCACUGUGACCCUUACAUGUAACCGAGCGUCCGUCACACUCAGGAGGCAGCGCAGUACCUACCAGACCACUAUAGAUGGCCUCCAAGUGCCGGAAAUCUGCGCCGUAUAACUAGUCCACAGUGGAUGGCGAAAUCAUCACCAUGAGGACACACCGCAGUCUUGUUCGCGCUGAUAUGUUCGGCGCGAACACUAAAAAAAAAAAAAAAAAAAAAAGGAACGUGCCACUACGAAAUCUCGCAGUACAUGAACUCACGGCGAUUUAUUCCUGUAUAUUGCGCAAGAUGAAGCCACUGCACUGCGCAGAAACUUCGUAAUGAGCCCUGUUGAGAUGUGGCUGUGGCGGUGUCAAGUUUCACCAGAUAACCUCCUUGGGCGAUGUAUACCUUUUUCGCUUUCCCCUUUUCAUGGGGGUGGAAUGGUCCCGCUUUUCUUGGCUGCUGGUCCCCAAUGUAUACAAAUAGAUGCGGACAAAUA